AUGUUCAUUUUUCCUACUGCUAAGGCUGAAACAAUGUAUACCGAAAUAGCUUUCUCUUUAUUUGUUUCCUGUGUCAUCCUCUUCCUUUACUUUGUUCUCAACAAGAGAACCAACGGAGCAAAAUCGUUAAACCUGCCACCAGGGCCACCAAAGCUACCUCUAAUAGGGAACGUUCACCAGCUAGCGGGACUGCUCCCACACCGUGCAUUUCGAGACUUUGCACGAAAACAUGGCCCCAUCAUGCAUAUCCAACUUGGCCAAAUUUCAGUAGUUAUCAUUUCAUCACCCCGACUAGCAAAAGAGGUACUUAAAACUCAUGAUGUUGCACUUGCAGAUCGUCCCAAGACUUUUGGGAGUGAGCUUGUACUGUAUAGGAACACCGAUAUAGCCCUCGCUCCAUAUGGUGAGUAUUGGAGACAAAUGAAAAAGAUCGCCUCCUUAGAACUCCUUAGUGCCAAAAAAGUUCAAUCAUUUGGUCCAAUAAGAGAGCAAGAACUUCGCGGUUUCAUGAACUUUCUCCGAUUAUCUUCAGGGAAACCCAUAAACAUACACAAAACCAUCACGGAAUUGGUGAAUAAUGUUGUCUGCAAAGCUUCCUUCGGAAAAAACUGUAAACACCAGGAUGCCCUCCUAGAGUUCCUGGAUGAGUUUGCAAGAGUAAAUAGUGGGUUUUAUGUUGCGGAUUUGUUUCCAGAUUUUAAGUUUCUUUACGUGGUUUUUGGACUGAGAUCAAAGUUAAUGAAGCUGCACAAGACUCUUGACAGAAUCUUCAAUGACAUCUUGGAGGAGCAUGAUGAUAGAAAGAGAGAUGGAGGGGAACAAGAGGAAGAUCUUCUUGAUGUUCUUCUUAGAAUCAAAGAGGAAGGAGAUCUUGAGUUCCCCAUUACGAAUAACAAUAUUAAAGCAAUCUUUGUGGACAUCUUUGCAGGAGGCACUGAUACAUCAUCCGUAACUAUUGAAUGGGCUAUGACAGAAAUGAUGAGACAUCCGAAUGUGCUGGAAAAGGCGCAAGCAGAAGUCAUAGAAACCUUCAAGGGGAAGAGAAAAAUCAUUGAGUCAGACGUACAUGGUUUGACCUAUUUGCAAUCAGUAAUCAAAGAGACUCUAAGGCUUCACCCUCCAAUACCAAUGUUACUCCCACAUGUAUGCAAGGAGCAUUGUAAAAUUGAUGACUAUGAUAUACCUGUGAAAAUGAAGCUAAUCAUCAAUGCAUGGGCAUGCUCUACUGAUCCUGAAUAUUGGGAUGAUUCUGAGAGCUUCAAGCCUGAGAGAUUUGAAGAUACUUCAGUUGACUUUAUGGGAAUCAAUUAUCACUUUAUCCCAUUUGGGUCUGGGAGGAGAAUGUGCCCAGGCAUGAAUUUUGGGUUGACCACAGUCGAGUUUUUCCUUGCGCAAAUGUUAUACUACUUCAAUUGGCAACUCCCGGAUGGAUUAAAUCCUCUAGAUGUUGAUAUGGCGGAGACCGAUGGAUUAAUAGCAGCAAAAAAGACUCACUUACAUUUGAUUCCUACUUCUUUUGCUCCAUAA